AUGUUGAGAGAGAGAGAGAGAGAAAUGAAAAGGGAAGAAAAAAGUGGGGAAGGGCCAGCAGAAAAGCAAGAAUAUUUGGGGGAAAAGUUGAAGAGAGUGGGGAAAAGAGGGGGACAAACCACUCCAACACUACCCCCGUGGAGACUACAACUACUAGCGGCUCAUGGUGUGCAAGAUAACAUCAUUGAUGUCUCUCCUUUACAAUUGCCCACUGUUUCUGCUAGAAAACUUGCUGCAACCCUUUGGGAACUUCAUCACUACAAGCUACCACUUUCUAAAAUGCACCAGGGUGUCACCGGUCCGCCUCCCAGAAUCCGCCGCCUUCACCACCACCACCACCAUCUCUACAAGGACAAGGGUCUUGAACUCCCCGAUCCUUCGCCUAAUUCCCCUGACCUGCCUGGAAGUGCAAGCAGUUUGAGGAGGCAUGUUGCUGCAUCAUUGAUGCAACAUCAUCAAUUGAUUGAAAGAAACAGUCAUGCUAUACAACCAGUAUCUCCUGCAAGCUAUGGGAGUUCCAUGGAGGUAGCACGUUAUCACCCUGCUGUUACACCUACCAGUUCUAUAGACUUCAAGGAAAAGAUUGGUGAGACGAGUUAUAGCCUCAAAACAUCUUCAGAACUGCUAAAAGUAUUGAAUCGAAUCUGGAGCCUGGAAGAGCAGCAUGCAUCCAAUAUUUCACUGGUGAAAGCAUUGAAAAAGGAGCUAGACCAUGCACGUGCCAGGAUCAAAGAGUUGGUUCAAGAUCAGCGAGCUGAUCGAUGUGAGAUAGAUGAAUUGAUGAAGCAGAUUGCAGAAGACAAAGUAGUUAGGAAGAGCAAAGAACAAGAUCGGAUUAGUGCUGCAAUUCAAUCUGUAAAGGAUGAACUGGAAGAUGAAAGGAAGUUAAGAAAACGCUCAGAAAUCCUGCACAGGAAGUUAGCUCGGGAGCUUUAUGAUGUAAAAAUUUCUCUUGCUAAUUCCUUGAAGGAGCAGGAAAAAGAGAGAAAAUCACGAAAGCUGUUGGAAGACCUUUGUGAUGAGUUUGCUUGGGGAAUAAGAGACUAUGAACGAGAAGUGCAUGCUUUAAAACAGAAAUCUGACAAGGAUUGGGCUGCCAAAGCAGAUCAUGAUAGGUUAAUUCUCCAUAUAUCUGAAUCAUGGCUAGAUGAACGAAUGCAGAUGAAAAUGGAACCUCUGUUAGGAGAUAAGAAUUCAGUAGUGGACAAGGUGAGUUCUGAAAUAGAGAACUUUCUUCAAGCAAAACGGAAUAAUAAUGGCAAGAGUAAGGAUAAUUUGGUGCCACGGGAGCCCAAUUUCCGCCGGAGUUCUCUGGAAUCCAUCCCUUUGAAUGUGGCUGUUAGUGCUUCCCAUGAAGAGGGUGAUGAAGAUGAUUCUGCAGGCAGUGAUUCACAUUGUUUUGAGCUAAACAAACCCGGUGCUGGUGACUUGAAACAGGUAGGAGACAAAGCUGGAAGUCAUAUUGAUGAAAUCGUGAAGCCAAAUCAUACAAGGAAAAACUUCACAUCUCAUGAAAGGAUUAAAGAUCGUAAUCCAUCCAGCUUGCAGUUGAAGUUUGAAGAACAUAUAUCUUGGGCCAUAGCACAUAAUGAGAGUAAGAACCAAGUUGAGGAAACGGAAGGACAAAGUGGGGAGGGGAACCCUAUUGAAAUAAGUGUUUCCAGAAAGUCUGAAAUUUGUGAAGCCACAGAAGAAGGUAAUUCGGAAAGCAAGAAUAAAGUUGUUGGAACUCCUGGAUCGAACUCAAAUUACAUAAUUGAUGAGUUAAUUAGAAACCAGUAUUUAAUGUCAGAAAGUGGGAAUUUGCCACCUGAUAGGCAAAAUGGUUAUGGGAUAGCUUCUUCUGGUAAUUCUGCAUGGAGUCAUCCGAGUCCAGUACGACAGUGGACAACAAGGCUACCAUCCCAAGAUGUAGGCGUAUCUGAGUCGUCCUCAAAAUUGCCUGCAGAUUCAAAGGAGAAUACUUUGAAGGCAAAGCUACUUGAAGCAAGGACACGAGCUGAUGCAAUAAUACAGAAAUUUGGGUUAAUUCCCAUUAUGUUACUACUGUUGCUGCUUGCGUUAUUUUUAAUCGGAGAGGUGACCACAACAUCAGUUUGUUCAGCUUCUCUAGAAUUCUUUGAUGGCAUCAACAAGGAAUCCGUUUCAUCUCCUUGCGUUUUCCCCAUAGCACCAGGUAUAACCCUCAUACUAUAA